AUGUCAUUGUUCAAAAGCACAGUUGGUUAUAUCAUCAAUUUGACCCAGAAACGUAAUGCUACAAAAAGAGCUUCAGGUUCUAGAACUAAUAAAAAUGACUCAGCUGGUAGAAGAUUGGGUCCUAAAGUACACGAGAGUAACUUUGUCAAUCCAGGUCAGAUUAUAAUGAGACAAAGGGGAACAAAGAUUCAUCCAGGUGAGAAUACUGGUAUUGGUAAAGACCAUACCAUUUUUGCUUUAGAGCCUGGUUACGUGAGGUUUUACUAUGAUCCUUUCCACCCAUUAAGAAAAUAUGUUGGAAUUGCAUUGAAAGAAGACUUAACACUUCCAACUCCUCAUUUUAGUCCUCGUGUCAGAAGGUUUGGCUAUGUGGAGAUCAGCGAUCCUGUUGAAGCGAAAACUGAGGAAAGCCGCAUGUCGAGACAAGAAUACUUACAACAACCAGAGUUACAAAAGAUUCAAGCUAGAAACUUGGCCAAAGAUCAGGAGUUAAUUAAAAGAAUCACAGAGCAAAUAUCAACUUUUUUAAAGCUAAAUGAUGCUGAGAAAAUUGAAACAAUCUCAAGCACUUUGUUACAUGUCCACAAGUUGACAAAAUUAGGUCUUUCAGUGGAGGAAGCCAACUUGCAGACCAAGUUCAACUACCUCUAUGAGCUUAAAUUGCGUUUGAGAAGAGGUGAAAUAGAAGAAGGUUACUUCUCUGAAUUAAAGGACAAGUACAUUGCUUUAGUCGAUUUGGUGAACAGCAAGAUUACCAUAGAUAUCAAUGGUGGUUUGUGUCAGUAUUUGUCUCCAGAACAACGCUCUGGUGAAAGAAUCAACAUUAUUUCCAGAUUAAAUAACUUCAAAGACAAGUUGAUUUCCCAAUCGGAUCAACAAGUUAUCAAAGAUUUGAUCAAGGCCCCUCUAAUUUUCACAAAAGUUGAACAAGCGUCUUUGGAAAAGGAAUUCUUACCAUCAAUUUUACCAGAAACUGUAGAGGGGACUGUGGUUACCGAUGUCAAUACAAAGAAGGUACCUAAAAAUAUGUUUAUUGUCAAGAAGUUUGACAAUGAUACUAGACAGGUCAAAGUCAUUGGAAGAACAAGGGAAGCAUUCUUAAAAUAACGAUCAUUGUAAAUAUAACAUUUGUACAUAGACUCAGUAUAACAUUACCUAAA